CCGUUGGCACGCUUCUAUUUCUUGAUCGACAUUUAUUGAUUGCGGCCAGGAGGUGCCCAUAGCCGCCGCGUUUACUCGUCACGCGAAAUUUUUGGCCGCACCAUCGCGCGUUUUGCCGAUCGAUUCGCACGCUCGUCCUCCCACCAAGUCUCGCUCGCGGCCGACCCUAUACAUUCUGUCUCUCUUACCAGUCGUCCACGCUUUUCUCGUUUUAGUGGAAAUUCUUUUUUUUUUAAGAAACUUUCAAGUCCACAUUUGUCAUCUUAAUGUCGUUUAGAGCUGAACGAGACAUCGUCUAUAUUAGAAAAAAUCGUGGACCAAACUGCGUCUAAGACUAAGACAGACAAGAGACGCGAUCCGUGUCCUGAACCGGGAAUCGUCUCGAUCGAAGCACACGACUCGACGUUUAACCACGACCCUACGAUCGAUCGUUCGACCGGACAGGACACUCUUACUCGACGUGUAUAUAUGUAUAUGUCCAUACGUGUGCACCUCUAAGUGUACGAGUGUAUGCACGGCUAAUGUGUACGGUGCACGAGAGACAUAUAGUGUUUCCUCGAUUCAUCCUUCUCGUACGUGUGUCUCAUUGGUUCCUUCCUCGUUGGCCAUAUUCCAAGGGUAGAGAAGAGAACAUAGAAGUGAUCUAUGGGGACGAGUGGGCAUAGAAACGGGAAGAAACCGACGGUAGAACCGUGAGUCGAGUCAUUGCACUCUGGCUUGGGAAUCGAGCCGAAUGAUGCCCAAUUGACGAAGACCGCGCAGUCCUAGGAAUGGCCCCAUUCAGUUCCGUCUUCCUGGGCGUCUGGGGAGUGUUCGUGAUCGUCCUGAUACAAGAAUCUAGGCCCGUCAGCUGGGAGGAAUGGUGGACCUAUGACGGUAUUUCCGGUCCCGGCUUCUGGGGUCUCAUCAAUCCGGAUUGGUGGCUGUGCCACAAGGGCAGACGGCAAUCGCCGGUGAAUCUGGAGCCAUCCAGGCUCCUCUUCGAUCCGAACCUGCAACCUCUGCACGUGGACAAGCACAGAGUUGGUGGUGUGUUGGCAAACACUGGCCACAGCGUGGUGUUCGCUGUGGACAACGACACGCGUCAUCCUGUGAAUAUCUCGGGCGGUCCAUUGAGUUACCGGUACCAGUUCCACGAGAUCCAUCUGCAUUUUGGAUUAGACGAUCGAACCGGUAGCGAGCACACUGUGGAUGGACAUGCGUUUCCAGCUGAGUUGCAGAUAUUCGGCUUCAACUCGCAACUAUACAACAACUUCUCGGACGCGUUGCAGCGGGCGCAGGGGAUCGUGGCGGUGUCCCUUCUCCUCCAGGUUGGAGACCUUUCGAACCCGGAGCUGCGAAUAUUCACCGAACAGCUGGAUAAGAUCAGAUACGGAGGCCAGGCGAUGGAGAUUAAACGUUUCGUGGUACGAGAACUGCUGCCGGACACGAAAUAUUACAUGACGUACGACGGCUCCAUCACGAUGCCGGCCUGCCACGAGACUACCACGUGGAUCAUCCUGAACAAGCCGAUAUACAUCACAAAGCAGCAGCUUCUCGCGCUGCGACAAUUGAUGCAAGGGGACAAGGAUCAUCCGAACGCGCCGCUUGGGAAUAAUUUCAGACCGCCCCAACCGCUUCAUCAUCGUCCCGUUCGAACGAACAUCGACUUCAACAUUCAGGGACCGAAGAACUGUCCGACGAUGAAUAGGGACAUAUACUACAAAGCCAACAGCUGGAAAUAACCCCGUAGCGAGUUAUGGCAGCGGCUGGAGGUGUACUACGCUUUCCCUGGGACAAGCUGGUGCCACGCAGUUAGCAGGAUAAAAACCCACUGACAUAUCAAUUAAUGAGCGCGACCAGUGGUCAUCGUGUCGAUCGGAUCGAGCAGAGGCCAUCGUGGCGCGUAUCGUUGAAAGGAAGAGCGAGAGAGAGAGAGAGAGAGAGAGAGAGAACGCGCGGAAGCGAGUGAACGAGCAAGAGAGAAAGAGAGAACGAACGUGUGAAAUAGAAAAGAGAAGCCAGAAUGACGCGAAGAAGAGCGUGAAAGAUUAACAAAAAAAAAAAAAAAAAAGAAAAAUGCUUCGUUGUACUAUUAGACGUGAAUUGCCAAGUAUGUUUCCAGUAACGAGAAAACAAGAAAAAGAAACACAAGAAUACACAGAUUACACAGAGACAGGUACACAGAGAGACAUAUACAGAAGAUAUACCUAUAUAUAGAUUACAAUUUAGCGGAGAUAAGGUUUAAAAAAACGUAAGAUUAACACAAGAUAUAUUAUUAUACGUAUAUCGAUCAACUAUCGAAAAAAAAGCUAUGACUAUCGUGGCCUGUGUUGGGGUCGUUGACGACUACGAUGAUCGUGACGAUAAUGAUAGGUACGGGGAUAGAAACGAAAGACACGAGAAUUCUAUAUGUAUAAAAGAAAUGAAGGAAAAAAAAAAGAAAAACUAAAGAUUCGCGCGUGAUGGAAAUUCGCGCCUUAUACGCCCACUCAUACCGCCACCUGCAUAUACAUAAAACAUACAACAUACAUGCAUACAUGCAUACAUACUUAACAUGUACACACACAUAUCGAGCGAAAGUUUAUACUAUAUUCUUGUAAUAAAAUGCUGAAAAACGUAGACGGAAAUAACGACA